AUGCAAGCCACAACAUUUUUCUCCCCUCUGGCUGGCGUUCACAGCAUUCUUAAAGCACGUGAAAUUUGCUAUUUAACUUUGAGGCUUCCUUGCCUUAACUUGCCUCAACUUCAAGUUGAACUCAAGCAAACCAACGGCAACAACAAACUUAGCGAAGAUAAGAAAACUGAGCUUUUCAGGGAAUUGUUCUUCAAUGACGUUAGUGAAUUUCCCAUGGUGCGAAUUUAG